GUUAAACUAAGACUAGGUUAGAACAAUCAUUUAAAAAGAAUACCUAAGCAACAACUAAGAUAAUUAUCGAAACAAUGUUUGGUUACAAACAUAAAACAUUGGGCUGCAAUAAUUUAAGAUUUCACAGUUUGAAAAUGUGACUGUGGUAUAGCUUGGCUACCUAAAUUAACGAUGGUACCGCGUUCUAAAUAAUAUGCACAUUGGUUUAAUACAACCUAAACGAAUACUGUAGGUUAGGCACCCUAGCUGGAGACGAGUCAAAACCCAUACCCUGCGGUUAUUCCGCAUUCAGCAACAACUCCUUGUAACAACACGCCUCGCCUGUCACUUCACCUGAAGUCUAGUUAGGCUGGGUCGCUCAGUGGCCGCACCGUUUCUUCAUCUUCUUUACCGACUAUUGAAAAGAACAAACCAGACUACUUUUGUACUACACGUCUGCACAUUCUUCCCGGAACAAACUAAGUCCAAAAUGACGGAACAACAGGAGUGUUCAGAACUUGUUUCACAAAUAUUACAAGAGGCUCCAACUGCGAGAAAAGCGCUGAUUGACAACUACGCCAACCUUCACAAAGUAGCCGACUACUGUGAAAACAAUUAUCUAGGCUUAGUACAGGAUGGGGACACGAGGAAGGCUUUGGAGGAGACCAAGGCAUUGACCACUCAGGCUUUAGCCAGUGUGACCUACCAGAUCAACAGCCUAGCCAGUUCGGUCCUAAGGCUGUUAGACAACCAGGCCAAACAGCUGAAAUACAUGGAGAACUCUAUCAACCUCCUCUCUCUGGCUGUGGCUAUGCAUCAGGAGAAAGUGGCCCGCAGAGAGAUCGGAGUUCUCACCACAGUUAGGAAGUUGGCCUGCGCCAAAUUGAUGUGCCCUCCCAAAGCCGGGCGGGAGCCGGAAGGCCGCUACAUCAGAAGAACCCUAUCCUUCACCGAACUGGACACGGUGGGACACAACUUUAAUAAGCAGUCUGGGACAAGACCAGGGACUUCAGAGACCACACAGAUUACAGGAAGCAAUGGCCCUGUGGAGCAGCCCGGGGAACCCACUUUCACCAAUGUCAAAAGUGAUCUCUAUAGGUCAAAUCUUGGCUUUAAUGUGGCUGUACCGUUAGUGCCCACCUUCCCGAACCUCACCCAAGAUGUCCCAGCACCCCGUCCUUCAUCCAUGUUUGAUUCCAGUCUUCCUCCACCUGACUCCAUGGACUCUGAUCUUCCUCCUCCUUCACCUUCCAUGGCCAUGUCUAACAACCUCCCGCCCCCCCCUCCUCUUCCCCCCAACCAUACAUCCCCUAAUGUUCUCCCUCCCCCUCCGCCUCCUCCUCCACCU